UCGGGUGAAAUUCUCACAGUCGACGGGGAAACCUUUGUAACAACGUCCUCCUGCCGCUCGGUCGGUACUAGAGCAGCUGGAGGAGGAGGUUCCUGCAGUCGUUGGGGUGUCGGUGGUAUGACUGCGUUGGCGGGGUCAAUACCCAGGAUGAUGCGACCCUCGCUGACCCAGAACUAUCCCCGCAGCGGCUUCCCUCUGGAAGUGUCUACACCGCUGGGUCAAGGCCGAGUCAACCAGCUCGGAGGGGUUUUCAUAAAUGGCAGACCUUUGCCCAACCACAUCCGCCAUAAGAUCGUGGAGAUGGCCCACCAUGGAAUCAGGCCGUGUGUCAUCUCCCGACAGCUCCGUGUCUCCCACGGCUGCGUGUCCAAAAUCCUGUGCCGGUACCAGGAGACCGGCUCCAUCAGACCCGGGGCCAUCGGAGGGAGCAAACCCAAGCAGGGGACAUCGCCAGACGUAGAGAGGAGAAUAGAAGAAUACAAGCGGGAAAACCCGGGUAUGUUUAGCUGGGAGAUUCGGGAUAAAUUACUGAAGGAUGGGAUUUGUGACCGCAACAACGUUCCGUCAGUGAGCGCCAUCAGUCGCAUAAUGCGGAGUAAGUUUGGGGGAAAAGGCGACGAAGAAGAGGAUGAAGAUGAAAUUGAGAAGAAAGAGUUGGAGGACAACGAGCGGAGGGCCAAACACAGCAUUGAAGGCAUCUUAGGAGACAGAUCCAGUCACUCAGAUGAGGGUUCAGAUGUAGAGUCAGAGCCUGAUCUGCCGCUGAAAAGGAAGCAGCGGCGCAGUCGAACCACCUUCACUGCAGAGCAACUGGAAGAGCUGGAGCGGGCCUUUGAAAGAACACACUACCCUGACAUCUACACCAGAGAGGAGCUCGCUCAGAGGGCCAAGCUCACGGAGGCCAGGGUGCAGGUGUGGUUCAGCAAUAGGCGAGCAAGAUGGAGGAAGCAAGCUGGAGCCAAUCAACUGAUGGCAUUUAAUCACCUCAUUCCAGGGGGUUUCCCACCGUCAGCCAUGUCCAGCAUCCCGCCCUACCAGCUCUCUGACAGUAGCUACCCCCCCUCAUCCAUAGCCCAAGUGUCAGAGCCACCCAGCACGGUGCAUCGCCCCCAGCCUCUGCCUCCCUCCUCGGGCCACCAGGCCUCCGGUGGCGGCGGACAGGGAGAAGGAGGCUCCGCUUACUGCCUCGCCUCCGGACGCCACUCCUUUUCAGGCUACUCAGACAGCUUUGUGAGCCCUGGAGCACCAACCAAUCCCAUGAACCCUUCCAUAGGGAAUGGGCUCUCUCCACAGGUGAUGGGUCUUCUGAACCCAGGCGGUGUGCCGCAUCAGCCCCAAAGUGACUACGCCAUCUCCCCACUGACAGGCGGCCUUGAGCCGCCGGCUGGCAUGGCUGCCAGCUGCAGCCAGCGGAUGGAUCACAUCAAGGGCUUGGAGGGUCUCACCAGCGUUCCCUCCAUGUCAGCUCUGCCCUCACUGCCAAGCUCCCAGUCCUACUGCCCCCCAUCCUACAGCUCACCGGGCUACACCGUCGACCACGUGGCAUCAUACCAGUACAGCCAGUACGGACAAAGUAAGGUACCCUUCCUUAUCUGAGGCCUGAAAUCACCUGAUGAGCAGCUUCCAGAUUCACUGAAGGCCCCACAAGAUUGUGUGUGUGUGUGUGUGUGUGUGUGAGAGAGAGAGAGAGAGAGUGUGUACGUAGUGACAGAAAUAUUUGAAUAUCUGGACCAAAUUUGUUUUACCAUUUACUGUCUACUACAGGAUGUUACUUAAUUCUCUUUGGAGGAAAAAUGGACAAAAAAAACAAAAAGAAGGGACCACAAGAAAGAAUACGGGAGCAAAAACUCUUUAUGAACCACAAACAUUGCUAUUUUAGAUGAACGGCGGAGCCUCCAGUGCUUGCUGUCGUUGAGUUUGGACCAUUUGCUGUGUCAUGAGGAUGAAGUUGUACGGCCAGCUCUGCCUGUAAGGACAGAGAACCCCGACCUAUCAUCACAGACUACCUUUGAGCCUCGAAGGGACAUGUUUACGUAUCUCUGCACCACAUGAGCGCUUAGAAGAUUCCCAAAUUAAUCCUUAAAUUGUAUGGGGGAAGAAAAUGGCUUUGUUGAUUUUGUUGCAUUUAUUUGACAUCUCAGCAUCCCACACAUGGAGAGAAAUUCCAGAGAGAAGGAAAACAAACUCGAACUAACGAAUCCGUGGGUUUUUAUUGUGUCAGAAAGUCUAAUGUACACCACAGCUGUACGGCAGAGAAAGUUAAUUCAAACAUUCCUCCCGCCUCCCUCCCCCUCUGCCUUCUCCCUCCUUUCUGUCUCAUUGAUGUCUCAGACGGUGAGGCCUUUUGUCGUUUUAAAGAGGAACUUUAAAGAGGUCAAAGGGUGACUUUAAGGAAAGUGACAGAUGAGAGCGCAGUAGAAGAGGGUGGCAGAGAAGUGGCUUUAAAAAAAGGGCGUGCAGAAUGGGAGGGGGGACGACAAGCUAGAUCGAUCACAGUGUUAAAAAAACCCCUCUAAAGAUCUUCUCCUGGCAAGAAAAAUCCAGCGGGUCACAAGUCAUGACCAGGAGACACUUGAGAAAGCAAGAAAGCAAAAGAGUUUAGACUAAAGACAGCCACUCUCCCAGCUGACCAGAAGUGCAAUAUCACAUAACUUAGAGUCAACCUCAGCAUUAAAACAAUAAGAAAAUCAAAUGUGCCUCUUGAAGUCAUUCUCUGGAUCGAGUUUGGGACUCUGCAAAGGAGCAACACAUGUGCCUUUGAAGGCUUUCGGGUCCAAAACAAAUAGGAAACACUGCUAAUAUAGCUAAAAGAGCACUCUGAGGGGACCACAUUUGUUAGGGAUUCAGGGCCUUGAAAGGACUGAGUGAAGGGAAAGCCAGUAUAUAGAGCAAACGAAGGAAUGACAAAGCCAAAAUUGUAUUUUUUUAUUACUUUGUAUUGUUUGAAACGUUUUUUUUAAACUUCCGUCUUACAAAAGCAGGAAAUGCUGAUUAGUUUUCCGAUGCAUUCCAGACAUAUUUAUUGUCACGAGCGUCCUGUGUGUCAGCAACGUCAUUAAAAAAAAAGCAAAAGAACUAAAAUCCUCUAUCCGUGAAAUUGUGAAUAGCAGAGUGUCGUCACGAGCACUCCUGCUUUGUCCUUCUGUCUAUAUUAGAAUGAAGCAGUCCUUUCAUUCAUUUGAUAUAUUUUUUUGUAUUAUUUGACAAAGCGAUAUGACAUAAUGUCAUGUGUACGAGCGCA